AGGGUUCCAUCGUGAACGCGCCUGACGGAUCCCCGUCUGGAGCGUGGGCGCGCGCAUCUCUCUCCUCCUGCGCGUGAAACGACUGCAGGGGAGCCAGAUGCCCAACUGCGAGCUGCUCGCCUGUGGAUCCCCGUCCCGAAGAGCCGAGCAGGCAGACAGAACCCAACCAGACGAGGAGAGGAGGGGGAAAGCCACAGUAUAAAAAAACGGAGUAAAAGAAAAGACAAAAAGGUUUUUUUUUUUUCCGGGGGAAAAAUGCUUGUCUGAUUUUUUUUUUCUUUUUUCCACCCACCCCACACUGUGUCCUCGCUCUCUCCGUUUAAACGUCUGCUUCAAAUGAAGAUCUUCUCUGGACUUGGAGUACCGGACAUCAUUAGAGAAAAAGCCCUCUUCCCACUCCGCUCCUCUUCCUGCUGCUGUGACUGUGAGCGCGUCCUCCCAUCGCCGUGGAAUAUACCGUGCGCUUCUCUGCACCAAACCAUGGAGAUUAUAUGACGUGGAUUUACGCUUUGAACAAAUCUGGACACGUACAAAUCAACCUCUUCUUUCUUUUUUUUUCCCCCUUUUUUUUAUACUUUUAGAUUUUGCGUUUAUCUUGGUUUGCGCUUUCGUUUGAUUCCCAUUCCAUCUUUUUAGCUUCUACUCCUCAUUUUUGCUUUAUUUAUUUAUUGUUUUACACUUUCACUAACCCUCUCCUACAUUUUUUUUUGUUUGCUUUGUUUUCUUUCCCGUUUUGGUUGCUUUGGGACUCGUAGAAGUGGGAUGCCUGAGGGAGUAUUAACACCAGCGGAAAGGGGAGAAGAAUCCGCGCGCAGCACAAACCCUGAAUGAAUAAUAGGCUCUCUUCUCUCCCCACUUCUCCGUCUGAGACGUGCCAUGGAUGGGAAACUUAACUUGGAUCCACGGAACCGAUCGGGGAAUUGCCUCCUCCUCAAAUAACUACUGCUGACAGCGAGCAGGACGAAUGUCAUAGGAUGAACACUGCUGGUGGGGUGUGUCUGUCUGUGCUGUCCUUCCUCCUGGCUCUGGCUGGGGCCCUGGCUGCUCUGUCUGCCCUCGCUCUAGCUCCUUUCUCUGCCCUAGCUGAGGCUGCCCAUGGGGCUGCCAAUAGCAUUCCCAGCACCAGGGCAGAUGGGGGCCCCUCACCCAUCUCUUCUCCAUGCUCCAGCCUCGUAGCAGGGGUGCUCUACGGCUCUUUCUCCCUAAGGGAGCUCUUUCCCACCAGAACGCCUGGUUGUUCGUGGUCCCUGGAAAAUCCAGAUCCCACCAAGUACUCCCUGUACCUCCGUUUCUCUCGUCAUCCUGUCAUCUGCCAGACACACUCCCCCAUGCUCCUUUCCCUUGACCACCACCAGGCAAAUCAAAGCUGCCCUCUUCAUUUACAAACGGCCACAGCCAGGGAUCAGGAAGUAAUCGAUCUCUGCGGCAGCCACACCAACUCAGACAGGCCCUACUCCUUCCUUCAGUUUGACAAAAACUUUGUCCAGCUGUGUCUAACGAGACAUCCAGCUGCCAACGAGCCUCGGGUAGCCAAGGAAUUGUUGGAGCAGAGACUGGUCGAGGUGUUGCUCAUAAACAACGAGAACUCCAGCCAGUUCACCUGCGGCGUGCUCUGCCGGUGGUUUGAGGAGUGCUUGCGGACGGAUCAUAAUGGCGACUGGGAGGUUUCUGAUGGGAACGGUUGUGGGAUGACCCAGACUGGCUGUAUUUGUCCAAAUCACAACAUUAUGGCACCGCCUAUUCCAUUACUCCCAGAGACACCACACAGUUUCAGCAAUGGUUCAGUGGUUCCUGACGACUGUUGUGUGACAGAACUUCAUUCAAACGAUGCAAUCGCCAUAGCACCCAGAGAUGUCCGACAAGACCCAUACGAUGACGAUGACCUGAAGGUGAAGACCCAAAGACCACGAUCAGCUGACCUGCCAGGUGUGUUUCAGGCACAAACAGGUGACCCCGCAGCAGAGGAGUGGUCACCAUGGAGUGUGUGUUCUUUGACGUGUGGGCAAGGCUGGCAAGUGAGGACACGAUCGUGUGUUUCCUCUCCCUACGGUACGCUGUGCAGUGGUGCUUUGCGGGAAACACGCAUGUGCAACAACACCGUGUCCUGUCCAGGAGAACCCGGAAUCAUGAGCCCAGUGCAUGGGCAGUGGGAGGAGUGGUCAUCAUGGAGUCUUUGCUCUGUGACCUGUGGGCGGGGCUCCAGGACGCGAACCAGGAAGUGCAUGGAUGGAGGCGGGGCCGUGCCUUGCGGACGGCCUGAGAUUCAGACCAAACCCUGCAACAUAGCCGUUUGUCCUGUGGAGGGCCAGUGGCUGGAGUGGGGGGACUGGUCGAAGUGCAGCGUGACUUGUAACACGGGGACCCAGCAGAGGCAGAGGCGCUGCAGCGCGUCGGUGCACGGCUGGGCCGAGUGCAAAGGGUCCCAUCAGGAGAGCAGGGACUGCACCAACCCUUCCUGCAGCGGUGGAGAUAACUGGGGCAGCUGGAACCACUGGAGUCUCUGCAGCAAGACGUGUGACUCUGGGUUGCAGCGACGCUUCAGGACGUGUGAGGGCACCGGAGCGCAAGGGAACCCCUGUGAUGGCUCGGAAGAGGAGGUCCGGCCUUGUAAUGAGAAAAAGUGCCCUGCUCCUCAUGAAAUAUGCAAAGAUGAGCACCUCCUUUCUAUGUCGUGGAAGAGAGCCUCAGCUGGUGAAACGGUCUACAACAAGUGUCCAACAAACACCACUGGAUCUGCUAGUCGUCGAUGUAUGCUGGACAAUAACGGAGUUGCUUUCUGGGGUCCUCCGAGCUUCGCCAGAUGCGUCUCACUUGAAUAUAGAUAUUUACGUCUAUCU